AUUCACUCAUUUUUAGAAGACUGAAGUUCAAUGUUUUACACAUAGUGAGUGUUUUACUCCUGCGUGGUGCAUCAGGUGUUGAUACAGAUGGAGUGUCAGUGUUUGUGAUGGAGGGAGAAUCUGUCACUCUGCACACUGAUGUUUCAAAAAUCCAACAAGAGAGAAUUAAAUGGUAUUUUAAUGGCAUGUGUGUGGCUGAAAUUAAUGGUGAUCUCAGUAAAAUCUGUGCAAAUGAUCAAUGUCAUGAUGACAAAGAAAGAUUCAGAGACAGACUGAAGCUGGAUCAUCAGACUGGAUCUCUGACCAUCACAAACAUCAGAACCACAGACUCUGGACUUUAUAAACUACAGAUCAUAAACAACAACAGCAGCGUUAGUGAAAAGAUCUUCAGUGUUACUGUCCGUGGUGUUCCUGCUGCAGAAAUAGAUAAAGUAAAAACAAAAUCAGUGAUGGAGGGAGAAUCGGUUACUUUAGACACUUAUGUACCAAAAAAAUCAAAUGAUGUCAUAGCAUGGUAUUUUAAUGACAUUCUCAUCACUGAAAUCAAUGGACAUCUCAGAUAUGUCUGUACAGAUGAACACUGUACUAAAGAUACUGAGAGGUUUAGAGACAGACUGAAGUUGGAUCAUCAGACUGGAUCUCUGACCAUCAUGAACCUCAGAACCACAGACUCUGGAGAUUAUCAUCUACAGAUCUUCAGCAGCAACUUCAGCUUUAGCAGCAUAAGGAGCUUCAGUGUUACUGUCACUGGUGAUUUUGGUGUUGAGACCGACGGAGGAUCAGUGUUCGUGAUGGAGGGAGAUUCAGUCACACUACACACUGAUGUUAAAAAAAGCCAACAUGAAAGAAUUAGGUGGUAUUUUAAUGACACUUUCAUCGCUCAAAUCAAUGGAAAUCUAAAUACAUUUUUUAGAUUUACAGACAGACUGGAGCUGGACAAUCAGACUGGAUCUCUGACCAUCAUGAACAUCACAAACGCAGACUCUGGACUUUAUAAACUACAGAUCAUCAGCAGCAGCAUCAGUCAAAAGAUAUUCAGUGUUUCUGUCCGCGAUGUUCUUGGUGCAAAGACACUUCAAAUGAAGACAAUGCCAGUGAUGGAGGGACAGUCUGUCACUUUAGAUCCUGGUGUAAUAAAAAAAACAAAUGACUUGAUGACAUGGUAUUUUAAUGACAUUUGCAUUGCUGAAGUCAGUGAAGAUCUCAGUUAUAUCUGUACAGAUGUUCAGUGUAAAGACGCUCAUGAAAGAUUCAGAGACAGACUGAAACUGGAUCAUCAGACUGGAUCUCUGACCAUCACAAACACCAGAACCACAGAUUCUGGAGUUUAUAAAUUGGAGAUAAACAGCACCAAUAGCAGCAUUCGUCUUCACCGCAGCAGCAGUAUCAGCAUCAGCAGCUGUAAGAGCUUUAGUGUUGCCGUCAUUGAAUCAGGUCAAACUGUAGCAGGAAUAUGUGCUUGUGUUGGCAUUUUUCUUCUGGUUUCUGUAGCUGUGUCCGCUGGUGUGAUUUACUGCCGCCAUAAUAACUCUACACAACCAGGACAAAAUGCAAGUAUUACAUGCAAACAGCUGAUUUAUAUAGGAAUACAAGAUUGUAAAUCAGUUUACAUGCACAAAAACUCUACUAACAAUAUGAGCUGGAUAUACUGACAGCUUCACUCAAAAAAAAUGCUGGGUUAACCUAACUUAGGGUCAAACAUGGACUAACACACCUGCACUCAAAAAAAUAUUUCAGCCCUUAACGUAAUUCAAUUACGUACAUCUUUUCCAUGCAUUUAGAUUACAUAGUUUUAAUUUAAACAAAUCAAGUAAACUUAAUGUGAUUCAAAUGCAUCAGUCUUACGUAAAUGAAACAGGUAAAGUUGACGUAAUAUUUCCCAGUGUUAAACAAACCCUGCUCAGUGUUCAUGUGUUUCCACACUACAGAGUGUUCAAGUAGCAUUGACACAGUGUUGGAGUUAAGGAGAUCAUUAUGUCAUGAUUGACCAAUAAUGAUCAACACCUGCUGUUUACAAGCAGAAUCACUGAAGGAAAGAGAAACACAAGAA